UGUUCGCGUACUGUGUGGCAGGUCGGCUCCUCGACAGAUGGGGCGCUGUUUUACUGUAUCCAUCGUUUCUGUCGGAAAAUUACUGGCAAAAUGUGUGCUUCCGCGCAGCCAACACAUCAAACAAAGAACAAAGAUUCUGCAACCUGGGUGCUUAGGUUUUUCUCUUUUAUUUUCAACAAGUGUAACCAACCAGUUAUGCAUCUCAGGUAGCGCUGCAACGUUUUUUUUUUAAAUUCCCGUCAGUGUCAUUUGGACAAACGCCCGUUUCCUCUAACAAAGAUACAGACUGUUUGAGCUCGCAAUGACAAUGUCGACUGCCAUGGACUUCCAUUCACAGAUAGCCUCCAUCAUGGAGAUGCUAGCUAACGCGGCCGUCGCAGAAAUUUGCAAAGUUGUGGACGACGGAUACGCCGUGGUCCAUCUGGAAAUGUCUCGGAGCCAGAAGGAGAACGAGUUCCUGCGGCGUAAAAUCAAACUGCUGGAGCUGCAGGUCACCAGGUACCGAGCGGAGAGAGUGAAGGGAGCGGAGGGCUCCAUCAGCAGCCGCUUCCCCGGGGUCCGCCUCCUCAACCGGCACAACAGGGAUACACUGGCUGGCCCCUCCCUGCAGGGCAGGACCAGGUUUCUGAACAGAGGUCCAGGGGCUCAGCAGUCUGUGCAGAAGACCCAGCCCAUCAACCUGGACCAGGACCCUGAUCAGGAGGUCGUCACCACCACCAAAACAGAGUCAGCAGAGCCUGAAGAGGAGGAGGAGGGGGAGCUCCUGAUCAUCAAGGUGGAGGGAGCGUUGGAGACCGGCACAAACGGUGACACUGGCUCAAAGGAUGCCCGACCAGCCAGACAUCACAGCAAAGUGGAGGGCCACAGAUGUAUGAAAAACACCAGCAGCCCUCAGAGCAAGGAGGAAGAGAUGGAGGAAGUGCAAGGUGACGCUGCAGAGAAACACAGUCCUUCCCAAACGCUGCUGGAGUGGCAGGAGAGCAACAAGACCGAACCUAUGGAGCAACCAUCUUGUUCCACAUUCUCACCAGAAACCGUAUCAAGAAAGUCAUCAUUUAGCCAAAUAAAGGCAAACUCUGUCUCCGGUUUCCCCACUGCUCCCAAAACUGACCAGACAAGUGCUGCAUCUAAGCUCGAUGUAAUUGUAAUCAACUCGCUUCCCUAUGAAGUGGAGGACAGCUGCAGUGCAGCAUUGUUGUCUGUACGAGGUGGCCAUGAGGAAGAAGACAUAACACCCCUCGGAGAUCAGGGCAAUGCAAGUGAGAGGUCACAGUAUCAACCGCUGCUGUGUAUUCAAAUCAACGAGCCACCCACUGAGGUGAUGUUUGAAGAUAACAGAGCCUACAGUAAUCACAUUUCUACCUUUAACAACCCCCCUGUUGCCAUGGAGACAGUGGACUCCCAACAACAAAUGCAUUCAAAUAAGCAUUCUUGGUCUGGAGUUCAGCAAACAGAUAAUUUCCCCAAUCAAAACCAGCUUUAUCAACAAUCUAUCAGUCAGGACCAAGAGUCUGGCUCAAUGCAGCUGCAGCCCUGCCUCCCCUAUGCCUGCACCUUCUGCUCACGCCGCUACACUCACCAGUGCCAGCUGCGCAUUCAUGAGCGUGUCCACACAGGGGAGAAGCCGUACCAGUGUGUCCAGUGUGGGAAGAGCUUUGGCCAGUUUUGCAGUCUCAAGCGCCACCAGAUGGUCCACACGGGGGAGAGACCAUUCCCCUGCCCCCACUGCGGCAAGCAAUUCUCCACUUCCACCAACCUGAAGGUCCACCAGAGCGUCCACACUGGGGAGAAGAGAUUUCACUGCUCCAAGUGUGACAAGAACUUCUCCUUCCUCAGCAACCUCAUCAGGCACCAAGCUCUACACACUGCCAAGUAGAGGAUGUUACAAAAGAACCAGUGGGAUUCACUUGUAUAUAAUAUAAUGCAGUCCAGGUCAACACCACAACCAUCUAAGGCUAUGUUCAGGUGUUCACAUUAUUGUGUCCACUCCCUGUUGAUGUGCUUCUCACAGCAUUUGGUCAUUAUGUCUUUUCAUAUUUGAAAUUUACUGCCUCUGGUUAUUAUUUUAUAACCAGACAAUGUUAUUAUAUUGUUGGGAAGUAUCCAUGCUACUAUUUUUUUCCUUUUGAUUUAUUUUGGAAAACGUUCGGAAAGUCUUGACAAGCAUUCCUGGUCAAUAAAAAUGUUUUUGAAAAAUGA